AUGGCUGCUGUGUCUCCGACUGCCAGAUGCCAGGAGCCAGUGACAUUUGAGGAUGUGGCCGUGAUCUUCACAGAGGAGGAGUGGAGCCAUUUGGUACCCAUUCAGAGGGACCUAUACAAGGAGGUGAUGCUGGAGAACUAUGAGAGUGUUGCCUCACUGGGACUUCCAGUUCCUCAGCCUGAUGUGAUUUUUCAGUUGAAGAGAGGGGAAGAGGCAUGGAUAGUGGAUCUUUGUGGAUCUGAGGAGAGAGAAUGUCCAGAGAAUGUCUCUCUAGACUGGGAGCCUAAGCCUGAGAUUCAAGAGAAAGAAGAAAUUUCAGGAGAAGAAAUUUCUGAAGGAACAUUUACAGAAAUGUAUGGAAAUAAAAGCCCUCAAAGUCCUGAAUUUAAAGUUCUUGUACUAGAAGAUGACUUUGAAACAGAGAAGGAAGACCCUGCAGUGGAGACUUACAACAAUUUCCUUUUCCAGGAGAAUAGCUUACAGCAAGGAUCAAUCCCUCCCAAGAAAAUUCUCACUAAAGAGAGAGACCAAGGGUGCAGUGACUGUGGGAAGACAUUUUUUGACCAUUCAUCCCUUAUCCGCCAUCAAAGGACUCAUACUGGAGAGAAGCCCUUUAAAUGUCAUGAGUGCACGAAAGUCUUCAGUCACAGGAGCAGCCUGAGUAGACAUCGUAUGUCUCACACUGGGGAGAGCCCCUAUGAAUGCAACGUGUGUGGGAAAUCAUUUUUUGACCGUUCGUCUCUAACUGUACAUCAGCGAAUCCAUACUGGAGAGAAGCCCUUUAAAUGCAAUGAGUGUGGAAAAGCCUUCUUUGACCGUUCAUCUCUUACUCGACACCUGAGAAUUCAUACUGGAGAAAGUCCUUAUGAAUGUAAUCAAUGUGGGAAAGCCUUUAGCCAGAAGAGUAUCCUUACUCGACAUAAGUUAAUCCAUACUGGUAGGAAGCCUUAUGAAUGUAGUGAGUGUGGGAAAGCCUUCUAUGGUGUCUCAUCACUGAAUAGACAUCAGAGAGCUCAUACUGAAGAACCUCGCUUUCAUUGUAGCGAGUGUGGGAAAGCCUUCUUUGACCGCUCACCUCUUACUCAACAUCUGAAAAUUCAUACUGGAGACAAGCCAUACGAAUGCAGUGAAUGUGGGAAAGCCUUUAGUCAGAGAUGCCGGCUUACUCGACAUUACAGAGUUCAUACAGGAGAGAAGCCCUAUGAAUGCGGUGUAUGUGGAAAAGUUUUCAGUUCUAAAUCAUCAGUUAUUCAACAUCAGCGACGUUAUGCCAGACAGGGAAUAGACUGA